UACAAAGAAGGAGACAGGCCAGCUGUAUUUUGUUGUCCAUUUCCAACCACUCUGUCUGCUGUCUGAGCUAUGUGUAUACAACCGAAUUCAAGUCGACUAUAACACUUCGAUCAGUCGUCAUAAUAGGCAGUUUUUCUUCCUGGUCUGUACGGUCUGUUGUUAGACAAAACAUGGCCGGUGUGUAUGUGGUGUGUGUUAUUGUUGUUGUCAUUACUGGUUUGCACAGAGGAUUAUCACAUCAUUUCCAUCAUGACACCAACUUUGAAUCAGACGAAGGCGAACAUGUGUACCAUCUCACCAGCUCAGGACACACCAGAAAUAUCAUCAAUCUGGAUGACCACAAAACAAUCAAGGGUACCAGGUGUAAGGAAACAGUUUUGAUUGUUGUAACAUUCGACCCGGAAACAAUAUCAACAUGGAGUGUUGGUGACGUCGUCCUAGGAAACGCUGUACGGGAAUGUUACGAAGGAGGAAGUGGAACCAAUCAAUUACGACACGUGCUGGAAAUGACUAUGAAACGAGACGACCGAGUGGAAUUGUCAACCGAACCACUUGAGUUUUCAAAGCUAUUUGAGGCGUUUGAAGUAAAUCUUCACUACCUUGGACCCCACACUCGGGUCAAGAGGAGAACAUCUGGAAUACCAUCUGCCAUUAUCGGGGCUGUUAACUUCAACACGAACUUUUCAGAAACAGUUCGUUUUAAUCCCGAGAACAGCAUAUUUGGUAUCCAGAAAUUAUCAACACAGAUAUCUCCAACUGUGUUUAACAGCGACAGUCUACCACCCGUCACAGAUGAUACAGUGUACCGCGUAGCGUGUGAAUCAUGUUCCGGUGAUAUUUCCACGUCAUACAGGUUGCAGAUAAAAUUAGUCCGGACUCCCGAGAACAAAGCAGAACUAGCAGUGUUUGUGUCAGAGAUUUCCGGGAUGGUACAAGAUCAGCUGACUCUGUCGGUAAUGUCGACUAGAGCUGUCUCCAGUAACCACAGCGCUAAUGUACUGAACACAGGGGUGUUUGACCUAGUAAGCAUUCCUCUGGCCAUCCUUCCUGAUUUACCACCGCUGAGUCUGACAGUGCGGGCUCAACUGAAAACGUCAGUCGACGUCUUUAUGGUUGCCACUGGGGCAAUGGAGGCUAAAAUCAAUCUUAAUGAGAGUGGACAGUUCAAUGUGUUACACUUUCUGGGAUCGGAAAACAACUUAGGUGUAAACGCAACAUUUACGGACUGGAGGUAUACUAGGAGUGACACAAACAGUCUGGAGACGGAGGAAACGGUAAACGUCACAGCCACAGUAACCAAUCAGCUACAAUUUACUCCAAUGAUGGCCUGGUCGGAGAAAGACGUAUUUUGGAGUUUCGACUCCCCAACGACAUACAGCAAAACAACACAGAUGCAUACUUUUUCCAAUGUUGAUAAUGAGGCGUUAUGUUCCUAUGUGAUGGCUGAAUCAACAGGAAGACUAGAAUUAGAGAAGUUGACUGCUGAUAUUACAGCUUUUGGCUUUCCCUUGUGCUGCGGAGAUAUUGGUAUGACUCCCAGCGGAACAAACCAAACUCUUUCCACAACGAAUGUCACAAAGAGUUGUAAAGCCUACUGCUCUAAAACAGAUACUCCAGAACUAUAUGAAAGUCUUGAAGAAGCCUGUGGAGAGCCAAGCAAUCCGAUCAUCGACAAAAAGGACGGCCUUAAACAGUAG